AUGGCGCAUCCAGAACGCGUCAGAAAUUUCAGAAAGUUUAAACCGCUUGCGCUAUAUAUACGAAGCUCUGUACAACUGUUCCUGACUUCGUUUUGGGCAUUAAUAGACCUUGUGCACCUUGGCUAUUUCUCCGAUCACUCUCCACAGCCCAGCCGCGCCAGACAACAUACAACUUUAGAAUCACGGACGCUGAAGCAGACCAAAGCGCAGUCCCCAAGUUUCCGUCAUCCUUAUGUUCUAUUGAACCCGAACUGGACUGUUUUCAAGAAAUACACUAAUUUGCAAAUCAAUUUGGUUUUCACGAGAGAUUCAACUGAUUCUCUCGUUUAUGAUAUUCUGUCUUGUCUCCUCGAGCUCUUGGCGAGCGGUUGUGCUCGAUAG